UUUCUUUUUCUAAAGUUAGCUAUUAAACUUUUGAGCUUCAAAAAACACUCGUAUCAUUAGUUUCAUAUUCAAUGUCCACUUUCUUCAAGGAGAUUACGAAUUCAAAUCUCAAAAAAGAUAAUUGUUGGAAAAGAAAACAGGCUCAGCCCAGCCACCAGGCCCAACCUUAGCUACGCCCUCCCUUCCAAACGGAACCCGCUAAAAGAAAACCUUUCGCACUACUCAACCAUACUCGCUCAUCGGUGAGGGCACAUUUUCCCGCCAUAAAUUCCCCCCCCCCAAAAAAAAGAAAGGGGGGCAGUAAGGGGAUUAGGGUUUUAGAUUGAAGAAAGAAUUCCCCAAAUUUUCUCGAUCAUGUCACAACCGGUUGAUGACCUGUCUCAAUUCGAUAUCUCCAAAGAGGAAAAGGACAAGCUUGUAGCAGAAGUAAUCCGCUACGUGCUGUUCAAGACGCACCACAACUCGGGCUGUCCAAUAAAGAGGGAAGAGCUCACUCAGCUGCUCACCAAAAACUAUCGUCAGCGAAAUCUUCCCACGCUCGUCAUCAACGAGGCUAUACAGAAGCUUUCCACCAUCUUUGGCUACGAAAUGAGGGAGCUUCAAAGGUCUCGUCCCUCUUCCACUAAUCAGGGACGCUUUUCCCAACAGAGUGUUGCAGAGGCAAAAUCCUAUGUCAUUUUGAGUAAACUUCCUUCGGAUGUGUAUAAGAAGUAUGUUGAGGAUGAUCGUACGGCUCCUCUCACUGGUUUCACUUUUGUCGUACUAAGUAUUGUACAUAUUUCUGGUGGUAAAACCACUGAAGAGGAUCUUUGGCGUCAUUUGAGACGGAUGGGAUUGGAUGAAAAAAAUGAAAGCCAUCCAGUCCUAGGAAACAUAAAACAAGCACUGGAGACACUUGUCCAGCAAAGAUAUUUGCAGAAAGACAAAGUAAGUGGACCUGAAGGCCAUACUUUGUUCUAUGAGCUUGCUGAGAGAGCUUUAGAUGCGCCAGUUAGUGACAGCAUUAAAGCGUACAUAGCACAGAUUGUAAAUAAAGAAGUUGGCACGGCAGAUGCAGAUGACUAGUGACAUUCCCAACCCCGAUCUGGAUGUAUGGAGUUAUAGUUUGAUGGUUCCAUUUUGCUCGAUAUGGCUUUUUCUCUAAUCUCUAAGCGAAGCUGAUAAUGUCAAGAAAUGCCUUCAGUUGGCUCCUUGUAGGAUCUGAUAGGGCAGCAGCUUACAUAACCCAUGCUACCUUCAUUUUGUUAAUCUAUUUCUAUUUUUAUUUUUUGUACUCCAACGGGUCCUUCAUGUCAGCAUUUAGGUACAUCCAUUGUCAGGGAAUUGAAAAGAUGAAGUCAAGAGCUUGAGCGAGUUGUGCAUUCAUUCUUUUAAUUAAGGCGAGAGUUGAACUUUUGAGGAGAGAAAAAGAAAAGAGAGAAAAACUUUUGCUGAACUUAAAUAUGAAACACUCAACAUCAAACCCAUAAGCCACCGAGAAGAAGACAUCAUCCCGCGGAACGGACCCUAGUUUCACUUGAAUCCGACCAGAAGAUAUUUAUAUGAUUAUGUGUCAGAAUUUGACAGAAGGAAAUGAUGAAUGCUUUUUAGCUUUUGCUAAUAAUGGAGUCUGGGUUCAUAAA